AUGGCGUUUGUCUUUCCAGCUGAGCUGACUUCUCGCCGCUUCCACAUUUGUCACGGCCUAAAUCGGACUUUGCGGCUCACCUGGCCUGCAGGCCCCUGCCAGAGAGGAAUCGCUAGGCUUGCUCCUCACGCCUCAGCGACCGGCCGCCUCGCAGAGACCGAGGGCAGAGGUGCCUCGCCCCGGGGCGGCCUCAAGAGGGCGGCGGGGCCUGAGGACGCCGGGCUCGGGGAAGGCGGCUGGGCGGGAGGCCGGCCGGCCCUCAGCGCCGCCCGCCCCCGUCGCCAUGGCGAGGCCGCGGGCGUCCCGCGGAGCGGCCCGGCUGCAGGCGGCGGCACCGGGGCCGAGCCGGCGCGGCGAACCGGUCGGCGAACGCCGCGAGCGUUGGCGGCCCGCUUCGGCUCCCCACCCCGCGCCUUGGGCGGCGGCGGGGGAGUAACGGAGCCGGGAAGGGCCGGGUACGAUGGGCACGCCGGCGGCGAAGACCUCGUCCUGCAGCCGCGCCUUGAGAUUCAUUUGAUCAAAGACAAAGAUGGCAUAGAUGAUUAUUUGGCGAAGAAUAUCAAAGGGUUGUCAAAACAAGAAGCUGCUGCUAACAGGAAUUCAUACAAGAAGAACAUCUGCAUAGACAUGCUGCGACAGGGUUAUCACGAGUCCUUCUCCGAGCUCUUCACUCUGAUACAGAAGUGGAAUGCCUUGAGGGAGGCUGCAGGGCCUGGGUCAGCCAUAUGGCAGCAGAAGUCCCUGGAGGAGCAGCCUGAUAAGCUGGAUCAGCUUUACCACUUCCUGACCAGGGCUGAGGCAGCCCAGCGAGCAGGGCGCUAUGAGGAGGUGUAUGAUAACCAGCUUAACUUGGCCUACUGUUUCAAUGACCCUGAGGACAAAUGGUUAAGUAAUUACUUUUAUAAGCAAUGCUUUAACACUGCUCAACUAAUAAAAAUUGAUGGUGGGAAAAGAGAGGCACAAGCACAUGCAAAUAUGGGCCUCAUCAAUGAGGAACAAGGUCAUGUCAUGAAAGCUGCUGAGCAUUAUGAAGCAUUUUAUCAGCUAACAGAGGGUUCGACAUGGAAGGAUGAGACAGGCCAUACUUACAAUUCACUGGCGUGUGAGCAUCUCUGGAGAAUUUAUACAUUACUAGCAGACAAAAUGUUAGAAAAUAAAGAACACCAACAGGCCAUCAAAACGCUAAUAAAAGCUUUAAAAAUGGCAAAAGAAGGAGGUGAUACGAAGAUGGAAGGAGAAGCUGCAUAUUGCUUAAGUUUAGCAUAUCAUUUUGCUGGAGAACAACAGACAGCGUUAUCAAAUUUGAAGACCUCUGUAAAAAUCUUCACAGCACUUUGUGAUUCUGCUGGCCUAGGCAGAGCAUAUGCAGCUAUAGCCAAGAUCCUGGUAAGUCAGGGAAAAGUGGCUGAAUCGAUUAAGUACUUGGGAGAGUUUAUGAAGACUGCCGAGAAUGCUCAUCUAAGCCAAAGCCUGGUGGAUGCGUGUGUAUUACUUGGGAAUAUUUACAAUGAAAGAGGCAACUAUAAUGAAGCUUUUCAAUAUUUCAGUCAGGCUUCUGAGGCAGCAAAAACUUUAAAUAAUUUGCCUUUAGUGGAUGAAACAAAGACUUAUUAUGGCAUUGCAAAGGCUCAUAAACUGAUGGUGGCAUUUAACAGCCAUAUAGAAGCAGAGGAUCCCGUCAGCCUCAAGUACCUGCUGGCAUGGAAGGAGAACAGAAGUGACAUGUGCACUGACCCUCUUACAGUUGAACUUAAUAAAGAAACAAGUGCUUCAAAGCCCCUGUGAGCCUCUUCCAAAGACACCAGUUCUAGAUCCUUCCUGAGAAUGCCUGCUUACUUACAGAGAAGCUGAUAGAUGUAUAAUGAGUACAGGAAGAUCAUUGAAGAGUCAUGCAACAAAGUAGGAAUUUUGGUAGGAAUUUUGUCAUUUAAAUGGGAGCACAAUGUUGCGGUACAAAUAUCUGAGAGCUCUAAGUUCUUUUAGGACUGAAGUGUGCCUUCAAUAUGUAUUACAUGCUUUUAUCAAAAAUAACUGGUGUCAUUGAAAUAAAUACAAAAGAAAAAGCGUAAUAUAGAAUAGAAAGUUUGCACUUUGUGCCCCUAAUGCUUAUUGUCUUCCAAAGUGUCAAGAUCUUCCUGUUAAGAUAUUAAACAUCCUUUAUACCUACUGAAUGAGAAUCCAAGAUGCUCAAUACCUUGUAAGAUCAGGUUCUAAAUGCAUCUGGAGAGUUUUCUUUAAAUCGCAGAUUAUUGUCUCUUUCAGAAAAAAUAAACUACAAGCUUGGUGCCUUAUUCAUAGGGCUAUCAGUGAUUUUAGCAUCUGUGCUUAACAGUUGUGGUUCAACUGUAACUUGAAUAAAAUAGAUCCAGCCUGGGUGGCACACUAUGGUGCAAUUUUGAUCUAAUCUAUAACACAGGUUGGACCCAAAACACAACUAAGUUUGUUUAAAAUCUGGUUGAGCACACUCAUGAAGCUGUUGAAAGCCUGUACAAUCAAAGCUUUUGAAAUGCCAUUGACAGUCUCAAGUGCAACAUCAGUCUAUAGGCACAGCUGAAACAACUAUAUUUAACAAUGAAAGUGCAUCUUGUAGAAUACCUGUAUGUCACAUUUUCAAAAUUGAACCCAAAAUUCCCCUUUUAGCAAAGCCUGUGUUCAUUCACACAAUCAGGUAAACUAAAAUUCUGCCUAGAUUCUUUUUGGUAAAUAAUCUGAAGCACUGAUUUUGGAGUGUGUGUGGAGAAUUGUCUCCCAUUUUGAGCUGAUGAAAUUCUUGACAGUGGUUUCCUCACAUGACCGACCCACAGAAGUCUGACUCCUGUGGUCUUCACUGUCCUCAGAGGGCAUUUUCCAGCUACCAUCGCUGUUGGCCCAAAGAGAUAGAGGACAGAAGAUGGUGGUUAUCACUUUGCAAAAUAUACGUAAAAGCAGGGUUUGGAACCUUUGAAUUUUAUUUAGGAAAAUUCAUGCAAACUUUCCUAAUUUCAUGUAUUAGAAAACCUGUUCUUUCAAACUAUGCUUUUCAAACAAAGCUUUAUGAAUCCCAAUAGUCAACCAUUUCUUUCUUUAAACGGAGGUUUCCAGAUUCGGAGUUUGAAGCAAGGUCCAUUAGACCUGUAAUCAGUUUUUAUGACAGUCUUUGCAAAAGCAAUAACUUUUGCCAUAGUAAUAACUCAAUUCACUGGUUUUCUUCAGGAUUGCAAUUUAAGUAACUGGUUGACAUGUGACAAUAGGAUUUCUCCCUGUUAAGGUAUGGUAAAAAUGUAUCAUUAUUAUCAUUAACUUGCUCUUAUUAGACCAUUUUUGAUCAAGAUGCUGUGUACAUGCAAUGUAAAUACAAAUACCUCAAUAAUUUUCUUUUACUUAGAGGUCUGUAUCAUCUGAACACCAAGCUUAUUACAGCAAUGUUCAUUUAGAAUGUUUUUACAAGGCUGAAAAGUUGUAUAGGAAUGUUCCUACAUGCAAUUAUGCACAUAAGCAUGCAAAUCUCUUUACUGAGUGUUAAAAAGAGGCAAACAUUUUAUGAAAACCAGGAAGAGAAACAGGACCAUGAUUUAAAUAUAAAUAAUAACAGUAUCCAGUUUACCCUUGUAUUUUAAUGCUAUUGAUAUGAAAUACAAAAAACAUUAUAAAAACAGCACAAUUUCACAAAUAAUAUCUGAAGAUCACAGUAAUCUGCAAACUCUCCUAAUCUUGAUAAGUAUAGCAGGACUGCUUGUAAGAGAUCGCUGGUUUAGAUAUUUGGAAUUUCUUUUAUCAGAAUAUUGUUGAAAGAAAUGGCAUAUUUUAAUUUAUCCUUCAUAGUAAAAAAAAAUAUAAAUAACAUAAACUAAGCAGACAUUCUAGAAAAGACGAUUAUCAAUUUUUCAAGGGCAAGUUUCUAAAUACUUAAGGGUUUUGAACCUCACGUACAUUUCUGCAGUAACUGAACAUUCUGUGUAUGUGUCCCAAAAGUUAUUACGCAGUUACAUUAAAUAGCAUUCGUGAUCAUCACUAUUUUUUGCCAAUCUGCACUCAUUACUAAGUGAUAACUUUUGUAUGCUUGUGAAAAAAUGGCCACAAAUUAAUCCUCUAGAGCAUUAACUCUCCCAUACUUUCAACAAUACUUUUUAGUCCUAAAGCUUUUAAUAAAAAUAAGGGGACUUUUGUCAUCCUAUAAUAAUGUAAAUGCAAGUUGUGUUCUUCAGGGUCAGGAAGCUUCAGCAGAAAAUUAUGUUUAUUGAGCUAAAUGUACCUGCUUCCCAUCCCAGUAAUGAUUGGUCUGACGAGUAACUAUCUGUCUGGCAGAAUGCAGGUGUUGUUCUGCUCCUUGCAGACUUUUUCAGCAGGAAAACGAAGGCUCUGCUUUCCCCUUCAAAUUAAUGGGGCAAGGAGGUUGGGCAGAAGGUUGUUCCAUACAUUAUACUUUGAACAGGAUCCUGGAAUAAACCUCUCAGCUGUCAAAAGCAGUCAGAGUUCCAUGGGUCACGGGCAGGCCUCGGUGAAAUGCCUCGCAUGAUCCAGCUGAAAGCAGAGUGCUCACUGGUACUUGGCUGCAGUGUCAACUCCGUAUUUUUUAGAAGAAAAAUCACCACUUACUGAAUUACCAGCAUUUCUUCCAACAUCACUAUUCUUUGGUGAUCUUUUGCCAGACGUGGUCCUGCUCAUCAGAUCUCCUGAGAUCAGAGCUCAAAUUAGUAUAAUGGAACUUCUGUACUUUGUCUCUUUAUGUGAGAGAUGUGCUCUAAUUUCUUUAAGGAGCUCCUCAUAUGGAACAGAAUUAUUCUCCCCUCUGUCUGGUUCAUUACCGUUGUAAUCCUUCCUGCAAGUUUUUUCCAGAAAGCCUCUAAUCCCCUGACCCUUAAGACUUUGCAAUCAGAAAGGAGGACUCAUGAGAGAGUAUGAAUUGCAGUUGCAAGUUUUUCUGUGCUCUGAGAAAUUAUAGGCAUAGUUGACUUUAAUGAAGUUAGGAAAGCAGGUAAAUCACUUUAGCCUACAAUGCCAGUUGUCUGUUUCAAAACAAAGACUCGUCAAACAUAUUAUAGCAGAUGAAUCUCUGAAUAGUUCUGAAGUGUAAUAUUGAUGUCUCUCAAAUCUACAUCUUGUGGGUGCCUAAGGUAUGCGAGACUGGCAAGUAAGACCGCUUUUUGAAUAGUGUUUUAGCAGGUUUCACUGUGGAUGUAUCAGAUGGUAUUGACUAACAAUUCAUAACACAGGGGAAGGUUGUACCUCAGAAAGGAUUCUGUUUAUAAUUAUGAAAAGCAUGUUUUCUGACCAUUAAUAGGGUAUAUCUUGUUAAUUAUGAUGAUAUAUAAGGUAUUUCACCUGUGAAGCCAUUUAGAAAAUUAAUGUUUGAGUCACAUAAAGGUCAUUGCCAUUCUGGAAGGAAUCCAUUCAUCUCGUAAUAGGCCAUCCGAAUAUAGACUAAGAAAUACACUAUAUAUAAUUACCUAGAAAUAGAUGGAAUAAAUAAGAUCAAUGAUAGGUAUUACUAAAGCCACACUUCAGUUUCCUGCUAGGAAAAAGUAGGGUGUAACUGGAAGAAACAAUAAUACACAUGUAAAAAUGCAAGAAAAAGGUUAAAGCCUUAAGUAGUUAUGUGAGAUUCAGCUACUACACGAGGUGAGAACUCAUCAGCCUUCAGAAGUGGUGUACAUCAAGGACUUUGUCCUGAGAUUCAGUCAGGUAUUUCUGAAGACAGCUCCUACAAAGAAAAGAAUGAGGAUGAUUUUUUUUUUUUUUUAAAAACUGUGUCUUGUUUGACAGCAUAACUUCAUAGUAUCUCUAUA